UUUGUUAGGGGAACUACGGUCGGCGCACACCCGGAACCAGGCGAUUCGACUCAUUCAGCAGCGAAUAAAACGGCCUCCUUUUCCCAUCUGGGUCGUGUUUGAUAGUGAUUCCAGGUCUUGUCUCGCUUAACAUUUCAAAAAUGGAAUUCCAAGUGAAAACUGAGGAAGUGGAAGCUGUGGAGAUCGCCGAUAAAGAGAAUGAUGAUGAUGGUCCAGCAGAGAAUGGGCUUGCAAGUAACAGUGGUGACAAGGAUGACGAAGACCUCAGUAAAUACACUCUGAAAUUCUGCCAGGGACAAUAUGUGUGGACAGAAAAGAGAACAUUCGACAUGAUCAGACUGUAUAAGGAAUACAGGGAACAAAACACUGUGAAUCCUGGGAAUAAGAAACUCAUGUGGGAGCACAUAGCAGCUGCCAUGCGCGAGCUGGGCUAUGAAAAGUGCACGAGCAGCCACGUACAGAACAAGUACAAGACUCUGACAAGACAGUACAGAGUUGUCUGUGAUCACAACGCCAUCCCGGGAAACCACCAACGUGCAUUUCCAUUUUUCGAGGCGAUGUCGGAAGUGUACGAAUAUAGCCCGCCAAAACACCUGGGAGCAGACGAUGUUGAUUUCGACGACGAAUCGUCCACAAACCAAAAACUCACUUCUUUGCUUGUCAAUAUCAACAGGGACAAGAAAGGACAAGAGGCGAAGAAAUUGGAGAAACUGGAAGUUAUGCACAGGGAAAAAAUGGAGAUGUUUUCGUCGUUUCUUAAAACAGUUAACAAAAAACCCAACGAUUCGCCGGCUUCCAGUAGAUGCAGAAAGCGUCUUGCAUCGACUCGUAAGAGAUCGGCUCAACCGUCUGACGAAGAAUUGUCGUGCGACGAUUCUGAUGGAGACAACGAGUCCAGCGGUGACCCAGAACGUGUGGCAUCACCGAAAAAAUCGUCCCAAAAAGGAUCAGCUUCGAACAAAGUCUGGAAAACGAUGACCCAAUCCACGAGUGAACUGACGUCAUUAAUCACGAAGCUAAACGAGGAGAGAAAAGCGAGGGACGAAAUGAAAAUGUCCAGACUUGAAAAAAUGCAUGAUGAAAAAAUGAAAAUGUUUUCAGCGUUCUUGGACGUUAUUAAGAAAUUAAAGAAAUGAUAUUGUGUGUGAGAGACUGACAUUUAAAUAGCCAAAGAGGAUACAAGUUACGUUUAUUUUAUUCCAAAUGUUUGUUUUGCUUUCAGCAUUCAUUGUUCUUAAUUUUGUUAUUAAAAAAAAAAAAAAGUAUUAAUAUGAAUAUGGUGUGUUCAAAU